AUGCCGCUGUUUGCAGCGCAGCUACAUCCCGGCCGCGCGCUUGGGUUCCUCAUUCUCGGUGCGUCGCUGCACGAUGUCCUGACCCGACUCAAGGCCGAGCCGGUCCUCUUCCCGAAACUCGACGUCAUCUCCUCGCCCGACAGGCCGGUGACGGAGCCGGUAUGCGUCGCGCUUCCCUACAACGGCAUCCGGCUACGGUUCGACGGACCCGAACAACGGCUGCGGCUCAUCGAAGUCACCGACUUUACCAAAAAUCACGUCACCUUCAAGGAUCGUGAUCUGCUCAAGCCGCCGAGCGGAACAUCGGCACCGGGGUCACCGGGGCCAGGCGAAUCCAGUCUCGGACCGACAUUCCGGCACAUCUACCAUCGCCUUUUGGGACCGACGUACGCCGGGGAGUACAUCCCUUCGGGCGGAGAAGGGGACGGCACCUACGUCUUGUCGUACCCCGGCGUUGCCUUCAAUUUUUCUCUUCCGGCGUCGGCGUACGCGCCGGACCGCGACGUCGUCUCGCUGUUCUCGUCGUCGGCGGGCCAGGUGGCCACCUCGAUGGCCGUCUUUAGCGGCGACUCGUGGGCCGAGGCCCGACCGAGGCUCUUCACCGAGGUGCUCCCGAGCCUCAAGGCGACGUCGACCCUGCCGCGCGGCAAGGACGUGUACCCCGACGAGGUCUCGCUCGUCCGACUCUACGGCGGCGGCAAGAUGGAUCUCUUCCGGAAGUGGACGAGCAGCGCGUUCCGGAUCCAGCUGGGGGAGACGACGCCGCAGGAGCUCGUGACGGAGCUGGGACCGCCCAACGCCAUCUACCGCAAGAACGACCAGAAGAUGGUGAUUCACAAGAUGCGCACCAUGAGCAACGCGCGCGGACGGCCGAGCCCGUCCGAUCUCGGCCGUCCGGACGAGCUCACGGACACGGACCAGUCGUCGAUGAACACAGGCUCGGAGGAAUCGGACGACGAGGCCGUCGACGAGCAAACGGCCACGGGCAACGGCUCCGGCGAGUAUUUCUACAACUACUUCUACCUCGGCUUCGACGUCCUCCUGUCGACGGCGACGGCGCCAUCGAGCGCCCCUCCAGCUCCGGGCAAGAAAGUCACGCCGGGCGGCGGCGGCAGCGGCGACGACGACAGCGACGACGCGGGGAGGGGGAAGUCGAUGGAGGUGCGCGAUGCGGACCGGCCUGUAGCCACGAAGCUUGUCCUCCACGGCAACAUUCCGGGCUCGUAUGAGUUCAAUCGGCAUCGACGGUGCCGGUGGGAGAUUGCCUACCUCGAGGGCGAACCGGUCACGUCGGAGAGCGAGUUCAAGCAGAUCGAGGGCCGCAUGACGGAAUGCUGGGAGGGGACGAUGCCGGCAAAGGCGCAGAGGGGUAUGGUCCUGAACCGCGGCUGGGGCGACAGUCCGGGAAGCAGCUGCGAGUUCCUCGGCGGCUGGGAAGAGAGCGGGAUACGUCGGGGGGAAACAAACGGCGACUCGUCAACGACGCUGUACGGCUUCCCGGGGCUCGUCUUCGAGGUGCUGAAGAACGACUUCGUCAACACGGUGACAGUGUUUUGA